AUGGCCAAGGCGUCCACAUCUAGGCUCGCAGCCUCGCCUCUCGCCCGCCGCAAGCGUGCCCAUCGGCCCUCGCCUUCGCCCUCGCCCGAAUACACGGCUGCUGACGACGACGCAGAAUCCCACCCAGAUGGUUAUGGCCCGGAGAACGAUGGCCACUCGGCCCAGCUAGCUCAACUGCACGCCUUCGGCAACGCCUUCCUCGCAUCCUUCGGCCUCGACAGCGAUACGCCGGCCGCAUCAACAACGACUAGCCAGCCCAAGCAAAGAAACGACAUCGACCGCAUGUUUGACGCCUCGGAUCCAGACGACGACAACGCCUCGAUGAGCGACGUCGGCAGCGAAGAAGAAGGAGAAGAAGAAGAAGGAGAAGAAGAAGAACGAGAAGACGACGACGACGACGACGACGACUCCUCUGUUGGAUCACUCCACCACGAGCAAGGCUCCGACGGCUUCGACGGGCAUUCUGACGUAUCCGACACCGAAGGCCAGCCCGACCGCCCUGUCCGCCCAUCGCCCUCAUCCAAAAAGGCUGCCACCAGGGCCAAGGCGGGGUCCAAGCUCACCUCGUCGGCACCUCUACCCACGCCACCCCGAUCGAGGCCAGUAGAGACGGUCGUCUUUGCAAGCACGGCCGCCUCUUCGCCCUCGCUCAAUACCGACGCCGCCGCCGCCUCGAAAAAGGGCUGGAAGGCCUUCAUGUCGUCCAAGAUCUCCAAAAUCAACCAAGAGGGCGACGACGACUCGGCCGCCAACAAGACCAAGACGCGGCGCACAAAGGCCGAGGCCGACGAGGAAAAGCAACUCGAGUCAAACGACCGCCUUCUCUCGCACCUCCUCUCUACGACCCUGUUUGCUCCAGGCGCGGAAAAGGAGGGCAAGAAGCGCAACCUCUCUUCCAACGACACCCUCGCUCGCAUCAUUGAGCUGUCGGCCACCGACUCGCAGCGCAGGGGAACCGCCGUCGGCAGAGGCUGGGGAGAGACUGAGCUGCAGCGCCGCCAGCUGGCAAAGAUGCCCGCCAAGAUCCGUCAGGACAUCCGUCGCGCCAAUGCGGACAAGCGCGACAAGGAGAGGGAGAGGGCAAAGGAGCUGGGGACGUGGCACCCGUCGCUCAAGGCAAACUACAGCAACAAGGCCACGGCCACCGAGAUGGGCACCAAGGCGGAGCCCAAGAAGCGGUUGCGUGGCAUCGGCGCCGGCAUCGGCAAGUUCAAGGAUGGCACCCUGACGCUGAGCAAGAGCGACGUGCGCAAGAUCAAUGGGCCCAGCAGCGCGGGAGGGGCAGACGGCAAGAACAAGAGGCGGAAGAAGUGA